AUGUCGGCACAGAUCUCGGCACUGAAAGAGCGAGUGCAGAGCCACAUUCACCUCACCUUCAGUCUCAUAGCCCAAGAUGAGAAUAGACUUAGCCGAUCGGUUGUCGAGAAAAGCACUAUGAUUGCGCUUGCCAGCAAACGGGAUAGUGCGGCUAUGAAGACCAUAGCGCUUCUCAACAUCGUCUUCCUCCCUCCUGUAUUCGUCGCUACAUUCUUCAGCUUACCGAUGUUCGAUUGGCGCUCCGAUGAGCUACACGCAGUUGUAGUCUCCCGCUACUUCUGGAUCUACUGGGCCGUUGCCGCUCCACUCACGGCCUUCGUACUACUCAUCUGGCGAAUCUGGUGGACUGUGGAAGAGAAGCGGUACCAAGCCGAACUCCUCGAGGCAAAGCAGGAUCUGAAGAUGCCCACGAACUAUACUGAGCAGGAAGAAGCAAUUGCAAGGGCUAGAGCGAAGCUGGGACAUCGUGAAUGGGCGAAUCUGGGAGUGCCCUUUUGGGGAUCCUUCUAG